AUGUCGAACUUAAUUAGAGAGCAAUUCCAAGCAAUGAUAAACCAGCAGGUUACAAGCAACCUGACUGAUGAUCUGCUAAGUCUUUUUGAAUUAGAUGAUGCAAUGCCAAACAUGUUGGAAAUUCUCAACGAUCCUGAUCAAAGGAUGCGUAAAUACGCUGCAGUCAACUUCAGGCUUGUUGUAGAGAAGCAAUGGGAAGCUUUAGAAGACAAUGGGAGCGCAGAAUCCUAUCUUAAUCAAUUUUUAAAAUUUUUACAAAAAGAAACAGAUAAUAACAUAAUAGAAAACUUCAUGCACAGUAUUGAGAGAGUCCUCGAGAAGUACGGAAGCAUGUGGCUAGAUUUAUUCAAUUUUGCCUUUGAAAUCGCUCAAACACGUACAGUUACGGCCCUAAUCAUUCUCGUUUACGCUACACACACAGUUGAAAACGAUUUCAUCUGCCAAAUCGCUGAAUCCAUCAUUCAACUUGUAUCUCAAGCCGCAACAACAAUUACAGACAAAAAAGGCAAAGUAAGAGCAUUCCAACUCUUUGCAGAAGCCUUUGAUAGAGAUGAACCACUCUUUCAGCCAUAUCCAGACUCAUUCCUCCAAAUUUUUAGUUUAAUGAUGGAAACUUACGUGAACGAUCUUAAGAAUCCAGUUCAACCGAUGGCCCAAGCCGAAGAGAUCGUCAACCUUGAAUCUGAAGUCAUUUCUACAGUAUUAAGAUGGAAUUUCCCUUUUGUUGAUUUUUCACAGACAUAUGAAUACCUUUUACAGCUUCUCCAAGACGAAACCAUCUCUUCAGAUCUCAUUUAUUCCUUGUUUGAUCCAAUCCAAGCCAUUAUUGAAACUCAUGGAAAUAUAAUCCGAGAAUAUUUGCCAGCAACCCUUGAUUUAUUCCUCAAUUACUCAGCAGCCAAAUGUAUUGAAGGCUCCUUCAGCGAUCAGUCCUUAAACAUCGGAGAAGUCGUAGAUGCACUUUCAAUGCACAUGUUACCAUCAGAUUUCAUCAAAUACAUCACGGAAUAUCGUUCAAAAGCAUCAACAUUUGGUGAACAUUAUGCCUGGAUGUUGAUUUUGAACCACGCGUGCCAAAAUAUCAUGGAUGAAAUCGAGAUGCACAUAAAUGACAUCUUACAGCCAUUACUUGAUAUCCUUGAAGAAGGAAAUGAGUCACUCGCGCAAAUUUCAAUGCUCACGAUGUAUUCCAUCAUUGAUGUUUGCGAAAGAGCCGCUGAAGGAUACACAAACAAGAUUUUGGAAUCAGUUUUAGCGUACAAAGACGGCGAACUCGAAGGAACUGUUAUUGCCAUGUGCCAAGUCAUAUCUGUUUUGUUCAGUUACAACUUCGCUGAGACAGAAAUUGUCAUUGAAGUUGUCGGAAUCAUUGUACAAACAUUCGAAAACAGAACAGACGCAACAGAAAAGAAAUACAUGAUGGAAGUUUUUAACAUGGCAAUACAAUCCUGCGAAAGUGCCUGUGUUCAAUUCGAUGAGUCUGUUUUCCAUCUCAUUGAACAUUACUCGCAAACCACUGAACAAGAAGAGAUUGCUAUUAAACCUGAUGCUCUUGAAGCUGUUGGAUCAAUUGUCAGUUUUUAUCCUGAUCUUUCUGAAGAACAAAUUGAGUUUUAUGUCAAUCUGUUAAUCAACAAUCUCUGUGAAGCUGAUGACAUUGACAACUUGAACUCUGUAUCAAGAGCAUUCUCCACAAUCAUCAAGAACAGAAAGGAAGCCAUCAAUUUGUUAGUUGCAACAUCAGUUUUGAUGUCUUUGAUGGCGGUUAUUGAUGCGAUUUACAAGAAUUACGUGUCCCAGGAUUUCUCAGAAAGCGAAUUAGCACAGAACCAAAUAACUACUGUUGGUUCUUUCAUAAGACUCGAAACGAGACUCCUUAAAUCUUAUAAAGAUGAUUUUCUCGCAAUAAACGAUGAAUCAUCUGAUGAAGAAAAAGAGAUUCUCAAGAGUUUCUUAACUAAUGUUACAUCAUUAGUCAUCCAGUUCCAACAGUACUCCAAUGAAUCUUAUUUAUUACAAUAUCUCUUGAAUUUGGGAAUCCCGAUUUUCGAAAUCCCUAUUGAGCAGCUCGAAAACAACAAGUUAACAAGUGAAGAUUUCAUCAAAGAGUACAUGCUCAAGCUAAUGGCUUGCUUCCCAGAAGAUGACAAAGACAAUGUAAUGUCUGCUUUAAGAAAUGCGACAAAAAUUGUCAAAAAACGUCAGAAUUCUCAAGAAGAAAAUGUUUUUAGCCAAUAUGUCCCUGAGUUAUAUGAUUACGCUAUAAAGGCAUGCAAUAGAGAACUUCCUGUUCUUGAAGAAGUUGAUGAGAAAUUCAAAUACGAUCCAGACAUUAUUUAUCACGCACAUAAUUUGAUAUCAAACAUUAUUUUGUAUUAUCCAGAUACUGUUGAUUUGUCAGCAUUUUUGAAUUAUGUUGUUAACGCUAUUGAUAAGUUCGGAGAGUAUGAGAUCUGUGAGUUGUUCUCUCCUUUGGCUUCUUAUCCACAUUGUGUUGAAUCAAUUCCAGACGAAAUUUUAGAUUUGGCUGUGAAAAGUUUGAAUCUUUGCGACUUUUCUCAUCCUCCAAAUCCAAUUUAUUUCUUCUUGGAACUAACAGAAGAAAAGCCACAGUUAAUGACCGCUUUCCUUCAGCAGUACCCGCAGUUCAUUGAGCUCUUGUUCAACGUAUUGACCAAAGAAGACAACAGAGAAAGAUAUUACGCAGAAACAAUUGCAAAUGCUGCUUCCUUGAUUUUGAGUUUGACAAAUAAAAUUGGUCAAAUUCCUAUUGAUCAAUUCUUGCCACACAUCGUCAAUAAACUCCCUUACAAGAGAGAUACAAUUGAAGGAAAGAAGAUUGCAUUGUGGGUUGUUGAUUUGAUACAAAACAAUAAGAUGCAAAUUGACAAAUCAGUUGAAUUUGAAAUUUUAAGAGGUUUGAUUUUACAAAUGUCAAUGAACGAUUCUGAACUCGAAAAAUACGAGUUUAAUGAUGAAGAAAGAAACAGAAUUGUUCAUGUCAUUAUGAGUCUUUCUAAGUCAAACCCAGAUUUCAUUCCAACAAUCUUUGAAAACAUCAGUGAUGUUAAGAAGAUGAUGUUCCAAAAGCAUACAAAUAUCGAAUUUUAA